UUGAUUUUUGUUGAGUUAUAUUUUUUAUUUUAAGUUCCUUUAUUUUCUUGAUAAAAUUUCUUAUAAGUCUGGCUCUUUCGAAAAAUAAAUUUUUUCAAUUAUUGUCAUUAAAAGUUUCAAUUGAAUUUUCGUACUAAAUUAGUUCAUAAAAGAAAAAUUAUUAAAUAAAUCACUUCAAAAUUAGUUGUUGAAACCUUAAAAGAAGAUUUACUAGUUACGAAUAUCAAAAAUGGCUGAGGAAAACUUAGAUGUUAACGAUAUGAAUCGCUUCAUUGAAAAUUUAUUUGUUAUUGAUGUUGGUGCUAAUUUGACGAAUAAAAAAUAUAGUCGUGAUUUGGAAUCUGUAGUGCAAAGAGCAAAAGAUUCAGGUGUUCAAAAAGUGAUGGUUCCAGGAACUUCAGUAAAGUCAAGUAAAGAAGCAUUGCGUUUAUCCAGAAUUUAUCCAGAUUUUAUAUAUUCAACAGCUGGCAUACAUCCACAUGAUUCAAAAUCUAUUAUAGAAGAACCAAAUUCUUGGUUUGAAUUUGAAAAAAUUGCCGAAGCACCGGAAUGUGUUGCUAUUGGGCCAUGUGGUUUAGAUUAUCAAAGGGACUUUUCAGAGCCAGACAUUCAAAAAGAAAUUUUUAAAAAACAAAUCAGUCUUGCUUGUAAUUUAAAAAAACCAUUAAUGGUACACGAGCGAUCCGCCCAAAAAGAUGUGCUAGAUAUUUUAGAAAGUUUUCCUAAUGCUUCCCAAAUUGUUAUUAGAGGAUUUAUUGGAACUACAGAAGAAGCUCUUAAAUAUUUGGAUAGACAUUAUUAUAUUGGUUUAACAGGUUAUUUAUGUAAGGACAAAUCUGAUAGCGGUGUAAGAAAAUUACUAGAAGAUGGUACAUUACCAUUAGAUAAAUUAUUAGUUGAAACGGAUUCACCAUUUAUGUAUCCAAAUACUAGAGCAUCUAAACUUCCACAACAUGUUAAGACUGGAAUUUCUGAUAGAUCGUUACUUUAUUUACAUAGAUAUUGUACUUUUCAACGAAACGAACCUUGCAGCUUACCAGCUAUUGUCGAAAUGAUUGCAGCUUUUAUGAAAAAAACACCAGAUGAGGUUGCGUUAGCUACAGCUUUCAAUGCUUUGAAAAUAUUUGGGCUCGCUUAAGUUUAAAUUUUGCUUAAAUUCAUUAUAUAUUUUUUUAUUUAAAAGGAAUGAAAAUAUAAUAAGCCAUACCAAAUACAUUAUUGAAUGUAUACAUAUAACUAAAGAAAUUUUCAAAGCUUAAAUAAUGUAUGCAUAUGAAAUAUGCACAUACCUGUAGCAUAUAGAAAUUAUUAAAAAUAGAUCUGGAGAGUUUUGCAAGGAUUUUAUUUUAUUUUAAAAUUAAAUUUAUUACGAUUCGAUUCUAUAGUUCGAAUUAUUAAUUUUCUUAGUAAAUUUUUGAUAAUUUUACGCCAAACUUUUUUACACUUUAAAUAAACAUAUACAUAAUUAUGUAUAAAUAUUUUUAAAUAAUUCUAAUUUUUGCUUCUCUAGUAAAGUCUUGGCUAAAAUUGUUGUACGUGUUAUUAUUCAAAUAACUGAACUUAAUUUUAAGAUAUAAGAAAAAUUUAUGGCCAUUAUAGUUUUGCUUUUUGAUUUUUUAUACAUAUUUUUAAAUCUAGUUUGUAUUUAUAAUGCCAAAAUUAAGAAAUUAGUAUUGAAAUCAAUAAAAAAUGUUAUACAUUCAUUGAAAAUUUGAUUUCAUAUCUUACUGAAGAAAAAUAUUUUUCGAAUAAUUAUAUAAAUAAAGAGUUAUUAAACCAUCGUCUGAUCGAAAUGUAAAUAUCAAAAUUAUUAUAAUACAAAUUUUCUCUUCCAUGUAGUAAAUUUAAGUGCCAUAAGUAAAAAAAUAUAUACCAUACUUAUAAAUAUUCGUUUUUAAAUAUAACACUACUAAAACCCUAGGAGAUUUUUAAGAAGAAAAAUGAAGUUAAUUUUUUACUGAAAGCUAUUUAAAAAAAUAUUAAUUAUUAUUUUUUUUAUUUAUAAGAAAAUUGUACAUUAUUUACAUUACAAAUAUAUAUAUAUUAUAAAAUAUUAAAGUUUUGCUUGUAAAGUCCUUACGUAUGAAAUCCAAGACUUUCUUUAAAAAAAAGUUUAUAUAAUAAAAACUUGUUAUUUUUAUAUAAAAAAUACAAAAUGUAAAAAAAAAUUUUGAAAUU